GAUGAUUUGUGUCCUUGGGAGUACGCUACGUUCGAAUUUUGCUGGCAAAAUGGAAGGCAGUGUUUGACGCUAAGAAUCAGGAUGUUUGACAUAGAUGCCAAACUACUAGAACAGUUUAGUGCACUUGGUACAACAGACAAGGAUGAGUUAAUAAAUCAGCUAAGAGCAGUUGUUGGGAAUGAGCUGUCUAACGAGUCGUGUCGGUUUUUCUUAGAAUUGGCCGACUGGAACCUACAACGUGCAAUCGGUGCUUACUUUGAUUUCAGUUUUGAGGGUUCCGCACCAGUUAGUUGUUCAUCUAAUUACCCACUCACUUCCGUGAGUGUUUGCGAAUCAUCUACGAAUGUGGACUGCAUGCGUAUAGAUUCUGAAGUUGUGGUAAACCAAAGACAAUUCGAUGCACGGGUAUGGCCAUCACCUUAUGAUGUUCCGGAACUUGGUGGGUUUAUCAAAGUAACUGUCGAGAACUGCGGUUCUUGUUCCUGGCCUGAAGGAACGUUCCUACGGUCUGAAAUAGACCAUGCUGUUGCGCGACUAAACAGCUUAUCUGCAGAUAACAGUGAAGUCCUAUGGCUCCCAAUCGGUGUAGAUGGCAGGAUCCCUAUCCUUCCAAUUCCUCCGCGUCAAAUUAUAGACCUAACAUUAAAUAUCACUCCUCCAAACCUCCAGCUAACUUAUCAAUGUCCUGUCGUCGGGGCGCUGUCUUUCUGUCUACCCAAUGGCGAUAGGUUUGGGGGUUAGUUAUUUUUACACGAAAGUUUUGUCGCCUAAAUAAUAGUUCGUUUCGUAAAUACUUUGUGCAGCUUCAUCUGCUAUUUUACCCUUAAUAAAUUCUCAUGUUCAUUUUAAUGAGUCAUGCAGUAACAUUCAUAGUGUCAAUUAGUGAGUAAUAUGUACAUUUCUUGGUAUAUCAAGUAUGAGAAACCAGUGGGUUUUUUCGUGAGAUUUAUUAAGCUCGGUACCAUUUGUAAAUUCGUAGCCUUAGCGGUCAUAGUGCACUUUGGCUAUUGAGGGUCUGAACUUGACUGGCUAAAGUUACUUGUCAUAUUAAAUUAUAUGGCACACAACAUAGAUGUGUUGUAGGGGAGAGUUAGUAUUUAUGUACAAAAUGUUGCUAAUUACUAGUGUUGCAGAUAUCGAAAGCAUUCACCUGAGCUGCAAAUCUUUAUCAUAUAUUCUAAAAUGUGAAAUAAUAUGUAGUAGGAAAUUGUCCCUUUCAACUGAUAUUUGAAACGGGAGAAAACCCACUCAAAUUUCAGUCAUUGCGUAACUUGUCACGUGAAGACUUACACUUACCGUUUGCAUAGCCACUGAUUUACUACGUUCCUUCUUUGGCCUAGCAUGAGUAGUUCGGAACAAAGCAUGAAAUAACCAAAAGAUAACUGUCAUUGGAAUCCGUUUUACUAGUCUAAAUUGUGUGAAAGUUGGUAAAUAUUUUGGCCUCGGUCUUCUAAAACUAACUGAUAUGACUCGAAACUUAACGUAGUUAUAUUUGUUCGUUAUCUUCAUAUAUCCUCAUCAAUCCAUACUUUCCUGUUCAAACCAUGCAUCGUUCCGAGCCAUAUCUACGUUCAUUUUCCUACCAUGGUUAAUAUUCUUCCCAUUCCUUGGUACUUUCGUACCUCACUAUCGUGGCAUCCCGGAAGAUUAUCCAUUUGCUUUAUUUUGUGUUGUCUAUCAUUCUGUAUACAAAGUGAUAAACUCAGUAGAAAUUUGUACACUCGCUUUUGACGUAUACUCUGAGACCCAGUGAUACUGCCAGAAUCUUAGGACCCAAGUGAGUCAGAUCUGGAAUCGGAUUGUUUGAAAUCAAGUAAUUUAUUUCCUAAGCUUCAGUUUUAGAUAGUGUCUGAUGUUUUUUGAGUUCACCCUUUCCUCAAGCAGUGUCCAGUCUAGUGUUUCCCACUGUUACUGAUACUAGUAUUAUGAUGACUAUGGUUAUCCUCAUUUUGUUGUAUUGACAUGUUAUGAAAACUUGGAUUAACAUGUAGGUUUGAAGCUAGUCAUGAGUGACUAAGUCUCUGUCGUUUUAGUUCUAAAAGAACCCAUGACAAAUCUAUCUUCAGCUCCAAAAUGGAAACUAAAGUCUUUUGUUAGUUCUAUUUAUUUUAUUUAAGAACGUAAUAUAUGUGCUUGAUGUACACAUGAUCAAGACCAUAGUUAAGUAAUCCAUUCGUCUAACACAGUCCACACAACCUGUUAAAUGAUACAAUAUAAGAGGCUCUCUCAAAAACGUUUAACGCGUCUAUUCAUACUUUGGAAAAUGUUCCGAGCUAUUUAAUUACACAGUAACUAAGCUGCUCGUGGUUUUAAUUUUCUUGUAGAAAUUGUUUACUGCACUGCCGUGCCUGAUUUGGAACACAUGAGUUGGAGGUAUCAAAGAGGCAUAUUAGCAAGCACCAUGAGCGCUGGACGGAGUAGCCCUAUGGUUUUGGAAGACGUUUAAAGAUGGAAUAUCUGCGGGAUCUAACUGUGAUAGUAUCUCCGUGUUUAACCUACAAACUUGUCCAUAAUACUUAUUUUCUUGACUCUAAUCUCCAGGUAUUCGUGCCAAUAUUUAUUUUCGUUACCAAAAUGAUUCUCUUUAUUCUUCAGACGUAGUAAAUGUAUUUAACUUAGCCCACGCUAGUCGGUAUACAUAAUUGAUAACUGAUGUACGAACCUUAUAUAAAAAUUGUCAAAAAUGGUUUGUUGCUUUUGUAAAAAAAAAAUUGUUAAUA